AUGAUCAAUGAGCUUAAAACUGAAGUUUUUGACAAAACAAACUACAUUGAUAGGUUGAAGCGGGAAAAGCAAACUCUACUGGAUGAGGCGGAAUAUUCAGAAGAUCGAUUGGUUCGUGAAAAUAGCGCCCUUAAACAGAGGCUGUCUCAGUUGGCAAGAAAUUCGCUAGAACAAGUAACCAACGCUCCAAGGAAACUUGCUUCUUCAUCAACUCAAACUCUUUUUCAAGAGGAAAUUCUACUUCAGAAUGACUCUCAGACUGAUCCUUGCCUUGCGGGCAGCUCUGAUGAGAAACAACAAGCCCUCAUGAUUGAAAUAGCCGAAAUUACGAAUCUCAAUAAACAAAUGGCUACUUCAAUUGAGACCCUUGAUAAUGAGAAUCGAUUUCUUUCGAGCGAGCUGGAAGACUUGAAGGAACAACUUGCCUGUUUACAUGUUUCCCAUGGGAAGCCGAGCGGGGUACCCUCUUUAAGCACGAAAGACCAGUUUUUUUUAGCCAACCGUGUUGAAGAUGGCAGAAGAGUUUCAGUGCUUUUAACUUCUAUAACUGAAGAAGUUUAUAUUAUUUUGCGAAACAUUUGUCAUCCGGAAAAACCCAGUUCCAAAUCUUUUUUGGAGUUAGUUGAUUUGUUGUCAGGCCAGUUUAUACCAAAAGUAUCUGUUUACCGAAAAAGAAUUGUUUUCAAUUUAUUGAGGCAGAAAGAAGAGUCGAUUAAUGAAUGUUCUCCAAAUUUACCUGGAAGUGACGUGGUAUUGCCUGAAAUUUUAAGUUCCUCAUCUCCUACUUCAGUUGAGAGGGAAAGCAGUGAAAGGUCAAUUGCCGAAUCUGAUGUGUUAUUAUUACCCUCCAUGCAAACUCUUGUGAGUGGACAAAAUUCUUUCCAAGAAAAUGUUAUCACCACACCUGUCAAAACCGAAUCGAAUUGUGCCAAGUUUAAUAAUUUCCAAUUAUAUCAUUAA